ACCGAACCGUCCAGUCUCACGCGGGAUCCGUGACCCACGAUGGAGACCCGCGGCGAGAGAAAACGGGGCCAGGGCGGGAGCGCGGCUCUCUCCGAGAGCGGCUCGCCCAGCGGCAGCCACGUGCGCGCCGUCCGGGGCGCGGCACCGCGCCAGGCUGGGAGCAGCCCCGAGCAGCGGCCGGGGCGGGGGCUCGUGCCCCACCCGCCAGCCCGCGCGCGCUGCACGGAAGCGGAACGUGGCUCACGUGGGGCGGAGCCUGGCCCCAUCCCUUUAAGGCGUUACGUGUGGGCUCUCGCUAGCCCCCGAGAAAGGCGAGGGGAGGCUGGGGCGUGUGUGUCUCCGGACCCUUUCCUGUCGGCGUGUAAGAAUGCCUGUUAAAGGGGAGGUGCCCCUAGGGGGAGACUGUGGCGAGUACCGGGCUCAUCUUCCCUUUGCCUUUAAUUUCCAUUUCCUGUCGGAGGGCAGCUGUGUAGGUCGUCCAGACCCACCAUGGCCCCGGCCGCCGGGCUCUGGCUGCUGCUGCUGCUGCUGCUGGCCCCGGGCGGCGCCUACUUCCCCGAGGAGCGGUGGAGCCCGGAGUCGCCGCUCCAGGCGCCCCGGGUGCUGAUCGCGCUGCUCGCCCGGAACGCGGCGCACGCGCUGCCGGCGGUGCUGGGGGCCCUGGAGCGGCUGCGGCACCCGAAGGAGCGAACGGCGCUGUGGGUGGCAACAGACCACAACACUGACAACACAACGGCUGUGCUACGAGAAUGGCUGAUAAAUGUGCAGACCUUGUAUCACUAUGUGGAGUGGAGGCCGAUGGAGGAGCCCAGGUCCUAUCCGGAUGAGGAAGGCCUGAAGCACUGGUCAAAUUCUCGCUAUGAGCACGUGAUGAAGCUCAGACAAGCAGCCUUGAAAUCUGCCAGGGACAUGUGGGCUGACUACAUCUUGUUUGUGGAUGCAGAUAAUCUCCUGACAAACCCAGACACCCUGGGCCUGCUGAUGGCAGAGAACAAGACCGUAGUGGCACCCAUGUUGGACUCUCGUGCUGCCUAUUCUAACUUCUGGUGUGGAAUGACCUCGCAGGGUUAUUACAAACGCACUCCUGCCUACAUUCCCAUUCGAAAACGAGAUCGCCGUGGCUGCUUUGCUGUCCCCAUGGUGCACUCCACUUUCCUGAUUGACCUGCGGAAAGAGGCCUCCCAGGACCUUGCCUUCUACCCACCACACCCAGAUUACACCUGGUCUUUUGAUGACAUCAUUGUGUUUGCAUUUGCCUGCAAGCAGGCAGAGGUCCAGAUGUUUGUAUGCAACAAAGAGGUUUAUGGCUUCCUGCCAGUGCCACUGAGAGCCCACAGCACCAUGCGGGAUGAGGUGGAAAGCUUCAUGCAUGUGCAGCUGGAGAUUAUGGUGAAGAACCCUCCGGUGGAACCUUCACAGUACCUGUCCGUCCUGCCCAAGGUCCCUGACAAGAUGAGCUUUGAUGAGGUUUUCAUGAUUAACUUAAAGCGCAGGGCAGAUCGACGAGAGCGAAUGCUGCAGACGCUGUACGAGCAGCAGAUCGACUGCAAAAUCAUUGAGGCUGUGGAUGGAAAAGCCAUGAACAGCAGUGAGGUGGAAGCCAUGGGGAUUCAGAUGCUGCCAGGAUAUAAGGAUCCAUACCACGGCCGUCCACUCACCAAGGGGGAGCUGGGCUGCUUCCUCAGUCACUACAAGAUCUGGAAGGAGAUUGUGGAGAGAGGGCUGGAGAAAUCAGUCGUAUUCGAGGAUGACCUGCGGUUUGAAAUAUUCUUUAAACGACGGCUAAUGAAUCUGAUGUAUGACCUCGAAGAAGAGGGUCUGGACUGGGACUUGAUUUACAUUGGGAGGAAGCGAAUGCAGGUGGAGCAUCCAGAGAAGUCUGUGCCUCACGUGCGGAACCUGGUGGAGGCAGAUUAUUCCUACUGGACUCUAGCCUAUGUGAUUUCACUGCAGGGUGCCCAGAAGCUGCUGGGGGCUGAGCCACUCUCCAAGAUGUUACCGGUGGAUGAAUUUCUUCCUGUCAUGUUUGACAAACACCCUGUCUCUGAAUACAUGGAACAUUUUGAAAACCGGAAUUUGCUGGCCUUUUCAGUGGAACCACUGCUGGUUUACCCAACACAUUACACUGGUGAUGAUGGCUACAUCAGCGACACUGAGACCUCUGUGGUUUGGAAUAAUGAGAGAGUAAAAACUGACUGGGACCGUGCCAAAUCCCAGAAAAUGAAAGAACAGCAGGAGCUCAGCAAGGAGGCCAAGAACUCAGAUGUGCUCCAAUCACCUCUUGACAGUACAGCCCGGGAUGAGCUAUGACCAAAGCAGGCCCCUUCUAGGAAAUGGAUGAAGGGACUGACCGUGAUAAGGAAGGGUGUGUGUUGGAGCAGGGGUAGAAAGCAGGGAAAGGGGUAUAGCAACAUCCUUCCAUGGGGAUUACUGGGGCUUCGUUCUGUCCAAGAAUAUAAUGGUAAAGUCACUUAGAUGACAAAGCCAAUGAGGGUCGUGGCUGAAGACCUGCUGACCUCUGCUAUUGCAGGACUCUGUGUAAGAGAGAAUGCUGGAGAACGUCAGGUUUGCCUUGUCCCUCAAUUCAGCCACUGCUCUGGUUCAGCACAGAUCUUUACACAGUUGCUCAUUGUAGUGGAGAAGUUUUAUUCUUUGGUUUAGGAAAUUGAUACUGGAUAGAGGCAGGAAGACCAAUGUCCUGUUGCCAUGUGUGUGUCAUGACCAGGGAUCCUAGUUUCUCUGAUUUAAAAAAAAAAAAAAAAAAUUCUCCAAUAAAAAACCAUAAUUGGGGGGGGGGGGGGGGGGCAUGGAUUUUUAAAAUGAAACACUGAAUGUUCUUUUCCCUAGCCACAAAAUAUAUAGGUCUCAGUUGAACACAAUAUUUUAUUGAUAUAUUUACAGUUGUAAAACACUGGAAUGAUCCAGUCACAGUGCAUUGUUUCUUUACUGUUGUCAAGGGCCCUGCUAUUUCAGCCUUUCAUUUCUUUUCAGUCAGUUUAGCUCUUUCCAUGUGUUUCGUGAUUGUCUGCCUUCAAACUUCACCUACAGCCUUGCUGCAUACAGUACAGAAUAGCAGGUUACCAUCAACAUUAAAUUUGUCCUUACCAAACUCAGUGACAUGGUCUUUGGGAUGACUUUUAAAGUUUUCAGCAUCUUUUUAUAACUUAAAUUACUCAUGUGUGGAGGCUGAAGUGAAAUUUGAGAUGCAUUAAAAUGCAACACCCUAUUUGGCAUGGAGUAACCUCUAUACACCGCAAGCAAUUUAUUGGAGUAUGUUUAGCUAUGUGAAUUUAAAGCGCGUUCAAAAAUCAACCACAAGAGCGGGAGGUUGUGCACAUUGAAAAAGUGCUACUGGGACUUUCAGUAAAAUUUAGUUUGUUUUUUUUCCCUCAAUGUAAACUAAGAUUCUCUAUAAAAACACAGUAUAUAUUUUUUUCCCCUGGCAAAUGGAUUUCUGGGAUCCCUGCUCAUGACCCUUGAAUGUUCUCUUGGGGGUACCUGGGGAGGAGGGGUGAAAUGCUGCCAGAUCCUGCAGUUCCUGCUUAUGAUGUGCCCUAAUAUAAGCUGAAGUCUUCUCUUUCUGUAAAACCAAAACUUUUCCUGUUUUUAUAAAAUCUUUAGCUAUGACUUGAACUGUCUCUUGCUUCUUCACAGACAGCCCAGAGUGCUGGGGAAGGAGCACACCAAGAGCUGACUUCUUCAAGCACCAACUUGUAUUUUAAUCUAGUGCUGGCUUCACAGCCCUGGAGAGUAAAGUCUUCUAUAUAUCAACUUGGCAGCAGUGGUACAAACUUGCUUGCACUGCCUAACCCAUGUACCUCCUCCCUGACCUGGAGGAGCCCUAGAAAUGAGUGGAGCCUGAUUCCCCAUGGCCCUUUCACUCCAUGGUUUCUGCUGAGGGAGGUAUGGUACUGGCAGUUGCAUUGUGGGUCCCUGUCCUAGGAGCUGGAGUGAGAACGCUGAUUUUUCCCAUAGACUACUAAAUAUAUGGUCAUUGUUGGGGUGCAUUUGUAUCUGUGACCAGAAGAGAGGUUAUGAGCCCUUGCUUGGCAUUUCUAGUACUGAACCAAUCAGUUCCAUCCUGAAGUAUAAUUAGACCUACUUCUAGAACACUAAGAAGUGCCUCCAUGUUCCAGUGCUUCUUCCACUGUGCUGGCUUGAGGAAUCCUCUAGGAAAGGAGCUGUGCUGUCCUCUUACAGGGAGAGAGUGGCUGCCUGCUUUCAUGUGUAUCCAUUUUUCUUCUUCGGUGGGGGACUUGAGUGAACCUUUAGCAUUGUGAUCAUCCAGUGGACCCACUGGUUGUUUAGCAGUCUUCCUGCUUCUGAUAUACUUAAUUUUUUUUUUCCUAUUACUUUUUGAGUCUUUGGCUAGCUGUUCUUCAAAUUCUUUUUUGACCUUCCUAAUUAUAUUUUACACUUCAUUUGCCAGAAUUUAUGCUCCUUUCUAUUUUCCUCGCUAGGAUUUAACUUCCACUUUUUAAAGGAUGCCUUUUUGCCUUUCACUGAUUCUUUUACUUUGUUUAGCCAUCAUGGCAUUUUUUUGGUUCUCUUACUAUGAUUUUUAAUUUGGGGUGUACAUCUAAGUUGAGCAUCUAUUAUGGUGUCUUUAAAAAGUUUCCGUGCAGCUGGCAGGGAUUUCACUUCUGGCGCUGCCCUUUUUAAUUUCUGUUUAACUAGCCUCCUCAUUUUUGUGUAGUUCCCCUUUCUGCAAUUAAAUGCUACAGUGUUGGGCUGCUGUGGUGGUUUUCCUGCCACAGGGAUGUUAAAUUUAAUUAUUAUGAUCACUGUUAUCAAGCGGUCUAGCUAUAUUCACCUCUUGGACCAGAUCCUGUGCUCCACUUAGGACUAAAUCAAGAAUUGCCUCUCCUCUUGUAGGUUCCAGGACUAGCUGCUCCAAGAAGCAGUAAUUUAAGGUGUCAAGAAACUUUCUCUGCAUCCCGUCCUGAAGUGACAUGUACCCAGUCAAUAUGGGGAUAGUUGAAAUCCCCCAUUAUUAUUAUUAUUGACUUUUUUAUUUUAAUAGCCUCUCUAAUCUUCCUGAGCAUUUUCACUAUCACCAUCCUGGUCGGUAAUAUAUCCCUACUGCUAUAUUCUUAUUAGAGCAUGGAAUUACUAUUCAUAGAGAUUCUAUGGUCCAGCUUUGUUCAUUUAAGAUUUUAACUUCAUUUGAUUCUAUACUUUCUUUCACAUAUAGUGCCACUCCCCCACCAGCAUGACUUGUUCUGUCCUUCCGAUGUAUUUUGUUGUGUAAGGUGUCUAUGGAAAGGUUAUGAUUUGCUAAUUAUGAUUUGCUAUCUGUGUGUGUAUCAUUUUUGUAGCUGAAGUUAUGAAUAUUGGCUAUGUACUUUGUAUAUCAAUGUAUUUUGGUUCUAAGUAGCAUUAGUAAAGCAUUUGGUCAGCUUCUUGAGAAAGGAACUUGCAAGUUAAGUGCCCAGUCAAGAAACACUUAACUGACAAUAGACCUUGGAAGGCUCCAAUCCACAUAAGUCUUCCUGGGGAUGUUCAUGGUGGGCAGUGCCUGCCACCUGUAAAGAACUGAGUCAUGCAUGGACAUGUGACUUGCCCAUGUGAUUCCAGGCUCCAUCUUGCUGCUGUGAUCUUCCACAGGGCAGAGGAUAUAAAAGGCCUGGAAGACUCCUCCAUCUUGUCUUCAAUCCAGCUUCUUACUUCUGGAAGGACUUUGCUACAAACUGAAGAUCUAAACAAAGGACUGAAUGACCCAUCCCAGCUGUGGAUGUACUCCAGAGACUUGAUUUGAACCUGCCGUUUAUUCCAUCACUGCUGCAAGCCUGAAACCAAGAACUUUGCCAUUACUGUAGGUAAUUGAUUCAAUUUAACCAAUUCUAGCUCUCAUCUAUAUCUUUUUCUUUUUAUGAAUAAACCUUUAGAUUUUAGAUUCUAAAGGAUUGGCAACAGUGUGACUUGUGGGUAAGAUCUGAUUUGUAUAUUGACCUGGAUCUGGGGCUUGGUCCUUUGGGAUCGGGAGAACCUUUUUUUUUUUUUCUUAACCAUCCCCAUAACAAGUGGCACUGGUGGUGAUACUGGGGAAACUGGAGUGUCUAAGGGAAUUACUUGUGUGACUUGUGGUUAGCCAGUGGGGUAAAAUCAAAGUCCUCUCUGUUUUGGCUGGUUUGGUUUGCCUUAAUAGUAAAGGAACUCCAGUUUUGGGCUGUAACUGCCCUGCUCUAAGCAAUUUGUCCUGAAUUGAUAUUCUCAGGUCCCACCAAAGCCAGCAUCAUUACAUUGGCAUAGUCAGCAGGAUCCACAGAACCAGGUCAAUUAAGCUUUGGGUCAGAACCCCACACUAUCCAAAUUUGAAUUUUGGUAUUGGGAGUUUUGUUGGUUAAAGAUCAGUGAUCAUGAGCCAGAAAGCAUCAGCAGAAGCAAUGAAACUGCAUCCCUGAGAGACAGCCUGCAGUUUGAACAUGGACAAAAACUGACAGAAAUUCGAAUGAGAGAGAGCAAGCAUUGGCCCAGCUGGAGAAGGAAGCUGCUGUGAAAGAUGGAGGGAAAGUUAAAGAAAGAAUGGCUGAAUUGGAAAAAGAAGCUGGUAUAAGAGAGGAAAGGGCUUGUUGGGAGCAUGUUGAGCUCCUGGCUGCUGAGGAAAGGGUUGCCAGACAGGCUCCAAGUCAAAAAAGCAAGGGAAGAACAGCUGAAAUUACAUCAUCUUGAAAAUCCAGUUUAUAACAAUGUUGGUAUGUUGUAUAACUGAGCAGUUGUCUGGGUGUAACCAAAUGUAUCCCAACACUGCCACCUUUUAUGUAAAUGCUGUUACUGUGAGUUCAGUAGAUGGUGACCCCAUAAAUUAUGCCAAUGCUAUGUAUGAAAGUGAUGAUGGAAAAUUCAUAGAGUGUAAAAGUCAAUGGUAAAAGCUGUUUAGGGCAAAUUAUAGCUUCUAACAUCACUCUUGUUAAAGCUGACCUUGUCAGAGGAAGACAACUUACCAAAUAAAGGUGUGAAUGUUGUA